UGUAUGUAUGUGAAACAGACAGAGACAUAGUGUGUAUGUGUCUGUUUAUGUUGGAGUUUACAAUUGAAUUCCAAGGUAAAAAACAAAAACAAACAUUGUCAUCUGGUUAAUGAUAAAAGAAAUACAUUUCUGUUCAUUUCAUUUCAAGCAUUUGAUCCUUACAGAGAUAAUAGAGAUGUAAGAUAAGAAGAUGGAGAGUAAAUGUUAUUCUCUGGUCUUGGAAUCUUAAUAUAUUUUUUUGCCUGCUGAUUAAAUGACUGAAAGAACAAAAAAUAAUUAUUGGCAUGAAUUAUCUAUAGAUAAGCAGAAUUUUAACAAAACAUACUGUAUUUUAGAAACAGUCAAGGAUGCAAAAGCAUUCUCGCUCCACUGAAGAGAAACUCAUGAACUCAGGAAAUUUGAAUAUUAAGUGUGAGAAUUAUGCCUGCCUGUCGUAUAAGACGUGGCUCUAUCUUAAAAUGAGUAACAGCAGUAGAACAAAGAAGUGUUCACAGUUACUGAUUAAGUGGCAACAGGUACAGUUCCUCUUGCAGAGAGUUUGUGUAAACGUAGAGACUUUUGCAUCCUACUUUUUUACUUCAAGAUCUCUAACUUGAACAUCAUGUGUGGCCCAUUCAAGGGCUGUCAGGGCAUUUUGCGCCUCCUGGAAAUAAUCUUCAGUGCUUUACCUCUCAUCAUUGUCAUCUUCAGAGGCAGGAUGGUGAGUCCCUGGGGUGUCUGGUGUGAGUUUGUCUGGGUUUUCUGCAUCACUGUGCCCCUGGUCGUGAGCGUGGUGGAGUCCAAACUGUGGCACAUCCUCCUGGCUGCCUUCCUCCCCAACUGGGCUGACCUGACCUGUGGGCUGACCACCCUGUGUGCUGUGAUGAUCACCUCGGCCACAGUUAUCUUUGCAGCCGUUUUUGUCUGCCUCUCCUGCAUCGUCAACAUCUUGUGCUUCAUCUUCUCCCUGGCUGCCACAGUUGUCUUCGUGAUUGACGCUGUAAUGCAAAAAAAGUUGUUUCCAAGCGGUUACCUAUCCAGCCUGACAGGAGGUCUCCGCACAGCAGAGGCCUUUAUGGCUUGUAUUAUUCUCACUGCCGCCACUGACCACUUUGUAAGUGGUGAAUGGGCCUUUCGCCCUUUUGGGAUGAUAUGCAGCAUCAUUGUGUUUGCUGUUUGCCUACUGGUCACAGUGGUCAUUAUAGUUCUCCAUCUGCUCAAGCUGCUGCAGUGUCUACUCUCAUUCAAGCUGAAUAUAAUGGAGCUUGUGUUCAACAUUGUGGCAGUGGUGCUGUAUCUGCUCGCUGUCAUCCUUUGGUCCACCUUUGGAUACAAACGCAAAACGUACAAUCCUUACAUCUGUGGCAAGUGUUCAUUUGUAGACAUGAAUACUGUUAACAUCGGAGCCAUUGUCAAUCUUGUCUUUUACAUUGUGGACCUGGUUUUAGCCAUUAAAUCUGGCUAGAAAUGUAGACUUGACAUGUACUUGCAUGAAACUAUUUAACAGACAGUAGCUGUUUAAUGUAAUGAUGCCUAAUGUCAUGUUAAGUAUUAGUUACUUAAUUUUCAAAAGUUGCUAAUUGUUAUUGUUAUUAAGUUACUAAAUGCAACCUCAUGAUGAAAA